CGCAAAGGCCAAGUUGGCAUCAAUCUGGGGCGCCAUGACAGACUUGAAGAGCCUCCAAGAGCUAUCGCGUGCUGCAGAGCAGUCGACGUGAGCAUCCGAGCACGCGAGAAGCAGACAGAUCGGAACACGAGCGGCUCAGGACGACUGCCCUGCAGGCCCUGCCUUUGGCGGCAACGAGCAAGCCUGCAGAGCAAGCGCCAGCAUGCCAAGUAUCGACUAUGUCCCCCAAAUCGAUCCCCGCGCUUCGUUCAGUCUAGCACAAGCGCCAGGAAGUCAGCGCAGACUUGCGGACUCUCACACAAGCUCAUUCACGCGCGCUACGCCGAGUCCUCAUCCUGCACACCCGCCUGAGACCAACAAAGGCUUCUAUCGUGAAAGAGGCUACAAGAAUGAUCCUCCCGCCUCAGAUGCACGUCCCAUCUCCGCUGGAUCACAGAGGAGAAAGCUCACCAAACGACGCCAAAAUGCGCCUCAGCAUGUCAACGCGACCGUCGAGGCCAACAGCCCGCUCUUACAGACGAAUGAAGUCAGAGAGGGUCACUCAAGGAGCGUCGGCCUCUCCUACUACUUCACUGAGCCACCCUCCGUCGAUGACUACAUCGCGCGAGACCCUGAGCAACCUCGCGAGCAAGACGAGCGCCAACAGCAAGAACAGUACUACCUCCCGCAGAUUCAGCCUUGUAUACCCACCGGCUCCCCUGCCCAAGCUCAUCCUGAGAGCCAGCAGCGUGAUAACAAUCAGUCUAGACAAUCCUCCCGCACUGUCGGCGGCCAAUCGAACGCUCAUGGUAGGCCGAUCGUCCCGCCAAGACAAGCGCCUGCGGUUCCUUAUGCGCCCCGGGAUCCGGAAGCCGUCCAAGCAAGAUCGCCGCUUGCUCAGCUCGCGCACUCGAGCCAGCGAACGGCAGCCAGCACGCGCGAAACCAUACGCAAAAGGCAGCAGGACGAGCAGAUGACGCACGCGACUCCCGCAGAUCAACAGCAGGAUGGGCUCUCUUACCUCUCUGGUCAUGUGCAAGGAUCUACAUCAUACCGCUCUGAUGAGGCAGAACUGCACAAUGGGCGGUACCCCCAUGACGAGCAGCACCACUAUGAUAGCGGCCCGCAAGACUCGUACUCGACGAGGCCAGUACCGCCAACGCGAGCGCAGCAUAGACACACUUCAAGUCACGGCUCUUCGGUCUACUCGGUAUCGAGUCUCAAGGCAUCUGCUUCUGCCAAUGACAUCGCUCGCUCCUUACGAUCGGACGAGCCAGGCCUUCCGCCUGCUCGACUGCCAUACGCCGGCUCAGCGAACGCUCACAAGCGAGGGCCGUCCGAGUCGAGCAAUCACAUGCUGUCCGCCAACGGAACCAGACUCACCGAUGCUUUCCGACUGUCGUAUGCAACCAAUCAGACAGAAUCGGAAUCCCUCGUCGAUCACGUGUCCAGCACGCUUUCGCCUGUCGACAGCCUACAGCAUGAUGCGACACUUGUCAGACCGCUGCACGGCCAUCCAGGCCUAGCUUUAAGCUCGCUAGCUCGUGAUGCAUCACAGAGAACGCAUGCGACAAAGUACAGCAGCUCCGGCACGGCCGUGCUCGAUCAAAAUCCGUUCAAAUACCAGGGCUUGGCGGAAGAUGGUCGCACGUCUGGUGAAAUGGCACCAUGCUCUCCGGACAGCGACUAUCGAUCAACUGCGUCAGAUGCGCUUGCUCGCAGCAGUGAAGAGCAAAACAGUAGGCCAGUACACACUGCCGGCUAUCUUGGUCUGUCCAUCCAGCAAGAACGACCCACAUCAGCUAUAUCGACCAUCGGCGAUCUUGUCUGGCAGCCGUCGGACGCCCGCCCCACGUCGAUCGCCACACGACAUCGCUCUCAUACUUUGUCAUCCCUAGGUGGCCGCAAUUUCUCUCGUCCAAUGCGUAACAUCACCGCGGCUGCGAACAAUCUGCAUUUGGACGACCCUGCGCCUAUCUCUCCUCCUGGGCCAGCAAAGCUCCAGCGCCGUCAGUCAAAUCGUUCUGCUAGGUCUUCAGGCUCAACGAGCCCGAAAGAAUCUCUCAAAAGUCGUUUGUCUAUGCGGUCCAUGAAGCUCAGACUCGAGACCCGAUAUACGAGAGGGGCAGCCUCACCAUCCGAUUCGUCACCUUUGCAAGUACCUCGAACGCCAAUCGAUCCGCCGCGGAUCACACUCUCUCAUAUACCCGAUCCCCAGUUAGGAUCUCCAGAUGACUACUAUCAGCAAGCUUUAAGCGCCACUGAAGCCCGCGAGACAAAGCCGAAGCACUGGCCAAAUCAGCCUGCGAUGCCAGAUUCCUUGGGGGAAGUCAGGCCAUUGCGCACGGAGGAGUCUCGCCAACGCGCUGCGCACUCUCAGACCCCGCCUCGCUCGAGCUCCCGUCAGAAUUUAUCGCGAUCGCAGUCACCCUCGACCGUUGGUGAAUCACCCCAGAUUAACACGUCGCCUUUCCUCAACGCGCAAACGCCGCCAUUGCCGUCAGGUCCUUUCACUGACCACGAUGCUUCGCAUCUCUCGUCUGCCAGGCCAUCGCAGUCGCGUUUGGCCAGCAAUCAGAUGUCUCCUCCGUCGCCUGUGCAUUCUGCUUGCAGCACUGAUUCGUUCCAUCCUGUUCCCGUUCAGUCGUCAACCUUUGCAAAGACCAAGGCGACUUUGAUCUCGUCUGUACCGCAAACGCAAAGAGGUAAAGCAGAUCCGCCGCAGCUCAACACGCAAGAUCCUAUACAUUGCUUGCAGCUCGGUAUCGACUUUCACGAGCGGGGCGACUUGCCUCGCUCUGCUUUGUAUUUCGAGCGCAGUGCCAGCUUGCAAGGCGGCUGUGGCACAGGCAUGCUCAUGUGGGGUCUCGCACUUCGACAUGGUUGGGGCGUGCAGCAAAAUCAAAGCACGGGUUUUGCCUUUAUCAAGCGUGCGGCAGAGAGCGUCGUCGACAAUCUCGAAUAUGCGGUCCAACAUCCUGACGACAUCGCACACGGGAAGACACCGCCGCAAAUCAACAAGGCAGAGCUCGUCCUUGCUGUCUAUGAGCUUGCACAAUGUAUGCUCAGAGGAUGGGGAACGAAGAAAGAUAAGAAGAGAGCGCUCAAGUAUUUUGAGCUCGCGGCAAAGCUUGGGGACGCCGAUGCUCAGCAAGAACUCGGUUAUUGCUACCAAUUUGGCAAAGGCUGCCCCAAGGAUCUCAAGAAGGCCGCUCAUUACUAUCGCCUUGCGGAGCAGCAAGGCUUCCAGACAUUUGGUCUGCAGUGGAUACACAAGCCAAAGUGGCAAGACUAGUUGCGCUAUCUCUGUUGUUUUGUUGUUGCUCGUUUAAAGUACUGUCUAUUGCUUUGCUGCCGGCUUAGCUUCCUUGCUGGGAGCGUCGCGCUUGGCAUCUUUAUUCGUCUUCCGAUGUUUCUUGCCGCCGCGAGAUUUGACGGACCAGCCAACGACGGUGUGACCUUGUGCAGUUGCAUGGGACGAGUCGUGUUUUGCACUGUAGACUAUCUUCCGCUCCGAUUUUGCGGCAUUGGGGCUGAGCGCACUCUCGCUGUUGCGCCGAGGCGUCUGAUCAGGACGAGUAACCUCAGCGCCUCGCCCAAUCGUCUGCGCGGAUUGCUUUGGCGAUAGUGGCGACGGCCAGAGGACGCUAGGCGAUGCUUUAUCGGACAGAUGCUCAGCAUAGGAAAAUCG